CCCCACUUCCCCUUCUCUCUCCAUCUCCCCAACCCAUUUGGCUCCAUCUCCUUCUCCCCAACAAAAAGAACCAACCAGGCCAUACAAACAAAGCUCUUCCUCUCCAUCCAAAACCAUUCAACAUUUUGUUGGUCCCCAAUCUCUACGGGAACAGAGGAGAGUAAUGGCAGAAACAGAGAUGUCGCCUGUUCUCCAAAAGCCUCGCCAAGUGGUCAGGAAAUUUCAAGCAAGACCUCAGCAUGAAGGCGAUGGCGCCGUCGUCAGAAGAAGCAUUGGAAGGUUCGAGCUGAAGUACUUCGAUCCUUUCCUUGUUCUGGAUGAGUUCUCAGUUGCUGCUCCUGCUGGAUUUCCUGAUCAUCCACACCGAGUCUCUUUCUUGUGUCCAACCUCAGGUUUUGAAACUGUCACCUACAUGCUAGAGGGAGCAGUCACACAUGAAGAUUUUGAGGGUCAUAAGGGGACGAUAAUGGCCGGCGACCUGCAGUGGAUGACCGCCGGUAGGGGGAUCGUGCACUCCGAGAUGCCGGCAGGGCAGGGGAUCUCCAAGGGCCUGCAACUAUGGGUCAAUCUCUCCUCUAAGAACAAAAUGAUUGAGCCAAGAUAUCAAGAAAUACAAAGCAAUGACAUAGCUUCUACUGCUAAAAAUGGCAUCGAGGUCCGAGUCAUAGCGGGCGAGUCCAUGGGAGUCCAAUCUCCAGUUUAUACUCGAACACCAACCAUGUAUUUGGAUUUCAAGCUCAGGCAAUCAGCGCAUCUUCGCCAACCCAUUCCACCAACAUGGAAUUCAUUUGUCUACGUCCUAGAAGGGGAAGGAGUGUUUUGUUCUGAAAAAAAUGGUCCAGUUGGGCCGCACCACAUUCUCCUUCUGGGCCAAGGUGAUGGGCUGGAAGUGUGGAACAGGUCCUCCAAGCCCCUUAGGUUUCUGCUCAUUGGAGGUGAACCUUUGGGUGAGCCUGUGGCUCAGCUUGGUCCCUUCGUGAUGAACACUGAAGAAGAAAUCGAUCGGACGAUCGACGAUUAUCAAUACUUUGUCAACGGGUUCGAGAAAGCCAAGUAUUGGAGAUCGGAAGGCAUGGCGGCCCCUUAAGUAUGCCAAGAACUUCCUAUAGCACAAGAACACUAAAAGGAUGUCCUAUUUAAUCUGAUCAUCUUAAUUUUUUCUUAUUAUUGUUAUACAAAAUAAAUUUCGUUGGUAUUUAAGUUUUAUCACAUUGGUUGUGUUCUGGACACUUAUAUUUUGCCAAGGUCAGAAGCAAGGGAGGACCUCCAAGAGGACUUGAGGGUACUAUAAUAGGUCUUUUGUCCACCAGAAAGGCCUUUGAUAAACUGUAUAUAAUGAAGUGUAGCCCAGAUGACCAACUUGCUGGUGAAGCUCUGGAGAGCAUAUUUGCUUGAUUUCUUACUUUUAAUGAUUUUGUAGUCUAUAAUGUUAUAGGUCCAAUUUGCUAUUGUUGAAUGGAAUUGCCUUCAGAAGUCAA